UGUAAAUGAUAAACCGUGUUCGAAUCAUCAUUAAAUUCAUCAUAAUUCUCAUGUACGAUUUGUGUUGAAUUGCGGUAAAUCGUCGGUGUGUGUGGUUUUAAAUACGGCAUUCGUUUUCAUUAAAAAUAAACAAAAAUUUAAACAAAAAUAUUCUAAAUACAGAAGUAGAGUUUAGUAGAGAAUUGUUCUUGUAACAAAAGACACACAAACACCGGUUGCACACGGUUUGGCAACGUUUGUGGAUUUUUUUUAAUUUUUUUUUUGUGUGUGAUAAUAAUAAAAAGCCACAGACUGGCACCGACGAUCAUCGUAAUAAUCGGUUUGGAUCGAGUGGCGAAUUGUUUUGACUGUGAUCUUUCAGCAAAAUGUUGAAGACAUUUACAGCACUUUCACCAUUCAUCAAAUUUCGAUCGAAAAACAUUUCGAUUGAUAAUUUAGCAUUUAAAUUUCACUAUCGCGCCACAUAUCUUAUACUGCUUGUAUGCACUUUGCUGGUCACCUCUAGACAAUAUAUUGGUGAUCAUAUAAAAUGUAUAACAGACAACGCAAUUCCGUCGCAUGUGAUAAAUUCGUUUUGUUUUUUCACGCCAACAUUUACAGUGGUGCGUCACUACAAUGAAACGAUGUUGGCAGGCGGUUGGUUACCGCAUCCGGGCAUUGGCGACAUUGGUCCACGUGAAAAACUCAAGCAUCAUGCCUACUACCAAUGGGUUCCAUUUUUCCUUUUUGCUCAAGCCAUAUUUUUCUUUUUGCCGCACUUUCUCUGGCGACUUUGGGAAGGUGGGCGAAUCAAAGCAUUGGUCGAGGGCUUGCAAAUGAUUUCUCUGUCAAAACACAAUCAGAAAAAAUCAGAGAUGCGCUUCAGCGGAAACUAUGUAUUGCCAAGCAACGACAUGAUCAAAGGACGAAUUUCACUGAUCAAAGAUGAUUUUUAUAAGCACAUCAGGGUCAACAAAAGAUUUGCCAGAUGCUUGAUCUUUUGCGAACUAUUGAAUCUGAUCAAUUUGAUCGUGCAAAUUUAUGUGACCAAUGUUUUUCUAGCCGGUCAAUUCUAUUCACUUGGAUUUAAUUUUAUGGAAGACGAUUUUACCGGUCCGAUGGAUGUUCUCGAUACAGUUUUUCCAAAGGUGACAAAGUGUGAUUUUUACAAAUAUGGUGCAUCGGGAUCUCUACAACGACACGAUGCACUUUGUGUUAUGGCGCUCAACAUUAUUCACGAGAAAAUUUAUGUAAUUUUAUGGUUUUGGUAUUGGAUUAUGCUUGUUGUUUCAUUGGGUAGCAUUGUAUGGCGACUGACAACAAUGUUAAUGUAUUCAAGGUCUAUGUGGUUUAAUCGCGUUCUCUUCUCAUCGACAUGCCCAGGCCGACUGAAUACAAAACACUUAGCAACGGUUGUUCGGCACAUUUCAUAUUCAGAUUGGUUGUUCCUCUACUAUUUGGCCACAAACAUGGAGGCCUUUGUAUUUUGUGACUUAUUGGCCGAUUUGGCCGCUGAAUUUCGUCAACAAUAUGUCGAUGAACAAGAAGUUCUUAACAACGAACGCGAAACAGUAAGAGUCGAUGAAAUUGGUGAAAAAAGUACGCCCGAAAAAGAAAGCAUUGAUGAAGUAGAUCUAAGACGUAAACCUCGUAGCUAAUUUGUAUUUGAAAAAAAAAAUGUACACGUAUUCUUAAUAUGAAACAAAAUAUGAAUAAUAAUUAGCGAUCAGUGAUUUAAACAA